AUGGGGGAUACGCGGGAGUUGGGACAGGGUGACUGCUCCGGAGGCAGCUCCCAUGAAGCCCCGACGGCCGUGUCCGGGACCGCCCUCCCCAGGAACGCGGUGGACACUCACGGGACAGCCCUCGGAACCUCGGUUCCCCGGCACGGCGCCGACGGGGCGACCGUGGGUACCUCUAGGAACCUGCUGCUGCCGGGCCACGGCUCCCGGGACGCGCACAGCCCUCCCGGGGCUCUUACAAAAACCUUCGACACCGCUUCGGUCAAAUCGGAGAACUCGGAGGACGGCACGUCCUGGAUCCAGGAGGCCGGGAGAUACUCCCCUCCGCCAAGACACCUGAGCCCUACAGCCUGCACCCUGAGGAAGCACAAGACGAAUCGGAAGCCCCGCACCCCAUUCACCACUUCCCAGCUGCUGGCCCUGGAGCGCAAGUUCCGCCAGAAGCAGUACCUGUCCAUCGCCGAGCGAGCCGAAUUCUCCAGCUCCCUCAACCUCACAGAGACCCAAGUCAAAAUCUGGUUCCAAAAUCGGAGGGCCAAGGCCAAGAGACUGCAGGAGGCUGAGCUAGAGAAGCUCAAAAUGGCAGCGAAACCCAUGUUGCCGUCGGGGUUCAGCCUCCCUUUCCCCAUCAACUCCCCCAUCCAGGCCGCCUCACUGUACGGAACAUCCUACCCUUUUCACAGACCUGUGCUUCCUAUCCCGCCCGUUGGACUCUAUGCUACUCCUGUCGGAUAUAGCAUGUACCACUUAUCCUAAGAAGAUCAGAAAGGCACAGUGACAGCGAGACAGACUUGCUGGUGGAUCUCAUCCAGCCCCAAGAAUGCAGUACCCAACCGGUGCUGGCCGUUCUUUCUGCACGCUUCUAUCUGCCAUCCCGAGUUCGUGUUAGCAAAGCAAGGCAUCCUGUAUGCAACAGGCUGGGUGUCUUCUGAGAGCGCUCUGAGCGCUCACAGUCUGAUCCUCAAAGUGUUUAAAAAAAAAAAAAAGUAAAAAUGAAUAAAAAAAAAAGAAAUUGAGCAAUUGUAGGGUUUUUAUACGGUGCAUGUAAAAUUAGCGUAAGAAGGAACGGGUGAAAAAACAAGCUUGCCUUACAGAGGCAGAGAUCUCCCAACAGCUUCCUGAUGGGGCCCAAGCUGUGUUCAAAGUAAAAGGGUACGUACCCUAAAUACACACUCUCAAGUGUCAUCAUUUAAUAUAGGGGCAAGGGGAGGGAAAUAAAAAGCUAUAAUCAAGGUGGGUUGGGGGGUUUUGUUUUCUUCUGUUGCUGUCGUUUAAAGAAAGCAGAGCCCUUAGAUACAGACACAGUGUAAAUAGAAACUAGAACCAGUAGAGUCCGAGUGAAGUUCAGAGCCAGCAAGUUCCUGCAUUUCUAAGGGUGAGGAAAGCUUUUCACAUCCCACACCUCCGCAGAUCUUUUGCAACAAGAUGAGGGCCCCUAAAUGCGUAGAGUAAAGCAAGGGCUUUACCCACCAGUGGCUCUUGUAAUGCCUUUAUGUGUGUAAAUCGCUUCAGCGUUUUUAAAGCACUGUGAGGAGAGAAGAGGUGCAAGGCAGGCUGCUCUUUAUCUCUUCCGAUUGGCGUGCAUAGAGUUUUGUUUUUUUCUUACAGCCAGGUAAUCUUGGCUCAGCAAUGCUUCUUGAAAACCAGGAGGGAGGGAAGUUUCUGAGGAAAGAAGAUGUGGGUUGUUUCCAGUGGUGGUGAGCAUGGGUUGUCGAACUCUUCUGCGGAGAUGUUUGGGGUUUUUUAUUAGUAUCUGCAACAGUCUGUAUUAAAUAGAAGAAUCCCUCGAGUCUUCCUCUCCUCCCCUUGCCAAGGAUGCCAACUGAAGUGACUCAUGCUUCAAGCCCUUCUAAAGAGAGGUCCAGGUAUCAAAACCAGACAAUGCUACUGUGGGAUGGUGGGGUGCCAAGAGACUGUGUAAGCUCUCUGUCCCCAUGGGAGCUUACUUGGCUUCCCAGCCAAGUGCUGGCAGUGUCAUCGUCCCCGGUCUUCUCCUUGUAACUAUUGUAUUAUGUGUAUUACUCUUGCUAAACUUUGUGAGAAAAUUACUCUGAAGGUUGUGGAGCACUGAAGGCAGAGCUUCUCCUGGAUUUAUUUUCUUAGUAUGUUGAUAAGAAACCCUCCUCUGCCCCACUUCCCCUCCCAAAAAAU